UUCCCAAUCGGUACGAUGACGUGUAAAAAUCAACGGCCUCAUUGUUACAUUCCACCAAUGAGGUCGAGACACGUCAGGAUAAUGCUCGUUUCACUGCUUCACUUUCAUCAAACUCCUUUAGAGAAACAAAAAAAAGAGUCGUCAAUGGCGUUUCACUGUUUAAACCCAAUCACUGCCACUCCAUUCUCCAGCACUAGACUCCAUCGCUCAACUUGGAGACGAACUUCUCGAUCCUUCUCCGUCUCCGCGACUAUGGCUUCACCUGCUAAGAGAGUUUUGAUUCCCGUUGCGCAUGGUACGGAGCCGUUCGAAGCGGUGGCGAUGAUCGAUGUGCUGCGGCGAGGCGGGGCGGAUGUGACGGUGGCGUCCGUCGAGAAUCAGGUCGGCGUUGAUGCUUGCCAUGGAAUCAAGAUUGUCGCCGAUGCGCUUCUCUCUGAUGUUAACGACUCCGUUUUCGACCUUAUUAUGCUCCCCGGAGGACUUCCUGGGGGAGAGACUCUUAAGAACUGUAAACCUUUAGAGAAUAUGGUGAAGAAACAAGACAGUGAGGGACGACUCAACGCUGCUAUCUGUUGCGCUCCUGCGUUGGCGCUUGGUACUUGGGGUUUACUAGAGGGUAGAAGAGCAACAUGUUAUCCGGUUUUUAUGGAGAAGCUUGGAGCGACCUGUGGCACAGCUGUUGAGUCAAGAGUGGAAGUAGACGGGAGGAUAGUGACUAGUAGAGGGCCUGGAACUACCAUGGAAUUCUCUGUCACGCUUGUGGAGCAGCUGUUUGGGAAAGAGAAAGCUGCUGAAGUCUCUGCACCCUUGGUGAUGCGCCCCAACCCUGGUGAUGAGUACACAAUUACCGAGCUUAACCAAAUGAACUGGUCGUUUGACAGCACCCCACAGAUUCUUGUACCCAUUGCAGAUGGCUCAGAGGAAAUGGAAGCGGUUGCUAUCAUUGAUUUUCUGAGGCGGGCAAAAGCAAAUGUCGUCGUUGCUGCGCUUGGUAACAGCUUGGAAGUGGUAGCAUCUCGUAAAGUCAAGCUUGUUGCAGAUGUGCUUCUCGAUGAAGCUGUAAAGAAUUCAUACGAUCUGAUAGUGUUGCCUGGUGGUCUCGGUGGUGCUGAAGCAUUUGCAAGUUCGGAGAAGCUAGUGAAUAUGUUAAAGAAGCAAGCGGAAUCAAGCAAACCAUAUGGAGCAAUUUGUGCCUCUCCUGCUCUGGUAUUCGAGCCACAUGGUUUACUCAAGGGCAAGAAGGCGACAGCGUUUCCAGCAAUGUGCAACAAACUCUCGGACCAGAGUCACAUCGAGCAUAGAGUCUUAGUUGAUGGAAACCUCAUAACGAGCAGAGGUCCAGGAACCUCUUUGGAGUUUGCACUCACAAUUGUAGAGAAGUUUUAUGGGCGCGAGAAAGGACUUCAGCUCGCAAAGGCAACACUUGUGUAGUAUCUUAGAUGAAGAAUCCAAGGACUCUGUACCCAACGAUGAAACUUGCCAUGAUUCCAAGAUUGCUCCAUUUCUGAGACUCCUCCAGGUCUUGUUCCUUCAAGAACACGUCUCCUCUAUACUCGUUGAUCAUCAGGCACUCGAAUGGAUACUUGAAGAGGCUGAGAUAAUGCAUGAACUCCCAGUAAACCGGGAUCCUGUCCUUUGCGAUGAAAUAGCCAGAGAAGAGGAAGAAAGAUCCCAUGAGACCUGAGAUCACUGAUGUCCCCAUGAUGAAGUUUGGGACAAGAGCACUGAAACACGCAACAAAGGAGUUUGACAUGAGAAGAACGAUCCAGAUCACCAACGAGAAGUAGAGGAACCCAUCUAGCUCUCUUCUGAGACCGACCAGCCAGUAAACCGGUGUAGCGAAGAGCAUGCUUAUGAUCAACAGGAAGGGGAUGAAGAUGAGGGUAUCUGCUAAAACAUAAGACAAAACUCUGUAAGCCCUUCUUGAUGUCUCUCUCAUAAGGAUUCUCCUGUCUUGCAAGAAUAUUGGAAGUCCCUCUGUUGUGGAAGAGAGUAGGAAAGUGAGGGUAAAGGCGAAAAACCCUGUUCGCAAGACUCUCCCUUCUUGCUUUUGAUUCCCAACGUUCAGGUAAAUGGAACCGAGUAUUAGACCGGCUAUGGAGGCUUGUAAAGCUCUGGUUGUGAACAGCUGUUUGGUUCUGAAGAUGUUCUUGCAAGAUCUUUGCCCAAGUAUCUGCACCUCCUCUAACACCGAGUUGCUGUGAGAGUCAGGUUGAUGAAACUCUCUUCCUGCAUUAUUACUCUUCCAUGUUUUGCCAUGACCGUAACACGAGAUCUCUCUGCAGCUCUGCGUCAAGACCGGUUCAAGGCUCCCUGCAAUGUCAAUAGCGUACUCCAAGACAUUCACACGGCGAGGAAUCUGGUGACCAAAGAACUUGAUCUUCUGAUAAAGACUAUUAACCGAUCCGUUCUGAACAACCAGUCCACUAGAGAGCAACACUAUCCGGUUUAUCUGCUCGAGAAUACGAAAACCGGGCUGGUGAAUCGUCAGGACAAUGGUUUUACCUUGUUUGAUUGUCAUAUCUUUGAGAAGCAUCACAACUUGAAGAGCAGAAGCUGAGUCCAAACCAGAGGUUGGCUCAUCAAUCAAUAUAACAUUAGGGU